AUGACCACAUCUCAUUUCAUUGUAUGUGUGAGCGGAAUCCUUCACCGUUUGGCUGAUAUCUUGUUUAUGCCAAUCUUUAACAGCAUCAAUGCACAGUUUCGGAAAGGAGAAGGGCAUUCUGGGACACCUGCUUAGCAAAACGCCGGGCCAUUACUUUAAUAAAGAGAGAUAUUAACUCUUUUUAACAUGCCAUAUACAUUUCAGCUUGUUGGUGUUGCUAGGUAUUAUUUGGUGCCCAUUGGCAACAUCAGUGUUUUACAAGCCAAUAAAUUCAAAAGUUAUAUAAUAAUUGAGGCAACUUUUGUAUUUAGUCUUUGUUUUAGUUAUUGUCUGAAAGCAUUUUAAGGAGAGAAAAAAUGUAUAUUUAUUCUAAAAAUAAAUCAAGGACACCGUAAGAUAAACCCUCUCAUCCCAAAACUGUGCAAUAUACCUUGAUAUGGUUUUUUGUUUUUAUUUUGCUUUCAUGUAUUUGUUUAUUUAUUUUAUGGUUUUAUCAUCUGACACCUACUUGUUUCAUUCGUUCACCAUGAAUAGUUCAUACUGGCUGCCCAGAAGCGCCCCUCACUCUUCCGCCGUCUGGUAGGAGCGGUGCGCCGCGGCAGCAAUGAGAACUUGCCUGGACUCGCUGAAGAAGGUGGAAGCACCAGUGCCGCCGUGGCUAUCAAGGAAGAAACGCCGCCCUCGCCGCCGCAACCCAAGGAGAAAGAUCGACCACGCCCAGGGAAGGUGGCAGGUACCCUCCCUAGGAUCGAUAGCUCCGGGUCAGAGGGACUCACCGUAGAACAGCCCAGCAAACAAGCCUCACCCAAGCAAGCCGAGCGAUACCAGAGGAAAGGUCGCGACCCUGAUCGAGAGAGUCGUCACCACCGCUACAGGGAGCCACCUGAUAACUCGAGGACCCUCCCUUUGGACCCGUCCGAUGACUGUAUGGUCCCAGUUAAUGGGGACACGGACCUAGGCCUGUUAGACUUGAGUCUGGACCUGAACGGGGUAGACCAAGAAGAGUUCUUGUUGUCCCAGUCGACGACCAUGACCAGUAUUUACGAGGAGUAUGACAAUCAGUCAUUCGAGCACGACGAGGAAGAGGAGAUCGAUCUGGGCAUCGAGGGGACGUCCGCUCUGGAAGAGCAAGAGUUUGAAGACCAGGCAAUUGAAAUGUCAGACAUCCGGUAUCGAGAUCGUGAUGAGAGGGGGAAAGGAGGUUCGGUGGAUCGCAGGGAAAGGCAUUCGAUGGACAAGCAUGCCAUACAGUAUUCAAACAACACGACAGGUGGCAAUACACCGUACUCUCAAUCCGAUUACAGCCUGGCCAGGGGAGGGACCGGGAGGGAUCGCGAGAGGUCUAGACCCCGGGUUAAGCAUUCCGUUGCUAUCAGUAGCGAUGAAGUGCCUUUCUCAGACCGGGAUCACUACAGCGACGAAAGAAGACAUUACCCUGACCGUGAGAAUGAAAGGAGAGAAAAGCGACACUCCAUACCUCCUGGGGACAAUUUUGAACAAAUGGAACGUCCUCGUGGCAGACCCUCGCAGUCAAUGAGCCAAGGCGGGCUCAGUGGCCGCUCGGGUAGUUACGACGGACACGGAGGCACUGGGAAUAAAGCUAUAGAUGCCAUUCUAAAAAGGGGUAGCGAUAUCCGGGCACAACAUAGGAAGGAUCCCACAGAUCAAAGUCAAGUGACUAGAGAUGGCCAACCUCGAGAUGGCAAACCUCGAGAUGGCCAACCCUAUGAUAGAGAGAGGAGAACGGGUGCUCCCAGGCAACGUCCAAGACAUGGUUCCCUGCCAGCACCUCCUAUUUCUGGUUCCCAUAGUAUGCCUGCCUUUGAUGAUGGGCGCCCACCUAGACAACGCCAUUCUAUUGCUUCAUCUAGCAUGCCCGACUUCCAAGGUAGAGGCCAUCGACCUCCUGGUAGUGGUUACCCUGUAGGAGACGACAGAAGAGACCAACGCAGACACUCUGCAGAACAGUCUUCCAGACGACGAUCGUACCGACAUGAUGACGCCUUAAUAGACACUAGACCGCCACAGCAGGACAUCAUACCGGAGGAGGAUGAGGGUAUCCCUCCCGACGGUAGUGAUGUCCUCAGACGCACUGCGCGAAACAAUAGGAAGAAUAGCGGCGGCCAUCUUGGUCAGUACCAGAAGUUUGAUAACUCCCUCGACGAUGAAGAACCCCCAUCCUUAGCCCCCGGCCAGGACGUGAGAGGAGAGAGAGAUACGGUGGAAGGUAGCUACUAUAACGAGGAUGCUGUAUCCUCCAGCAAGUCUACAACAAACUACGCUAGAUCUACAGAGGGUGCUAGUAGUAGUAGCCGUCAUGAACGGCUAGAUUCGGAGGACAGCGUGUCAUCCUCACAACCACUCUUGAGUCCAGGGCGGUCCCCGUCUCCUAGGAGAAGAGCACCUAUAAGCGGACGGGACGUUUCACCUCAGAGGUUUCCACCGUCACACUCACCAUCAAGCCGAAGGAAAGACAGGCAUCGUGGUCCUGACUAUGUGGAGUUCCACGACAGGGACAUGUACGAUGAACCUUCUUACGAAGAUCCAUUUGGACCGGACCGGCCCGGGAGCAGUCACAGGCGCCCGUCGCCGGGCUGGAGGGAGACGAGAGAUUUACUUCAAGCUGGGCCUUCUCAGUCGCGAGCAUCGAGUAGCGAGCGUAUGGAUCCGGAGGGUUCCCAGUCUAGCCCACCUUCAAGGAAACACACCGGUCGCAGAUUACCCACAGUUCCAGGAGAGAGCCGCAGUGGCGGCGGCAGUGGUGGUGGUGGUGGUGGUGGUGGGAGUGGUAGUGUUACACCCAGGCAGAGGCAACGUCCUAGUGUACCUCGUAGCAGAGAUCAUAGUCCGAUGAGGCUACCGCCACCACAGCACGGUGGACGUAACAGCGGCGGGGGAAGCAAGGGGGAUGUCAGACUCCAAAUGGACGAUAGGCCUCCGCAUUAUGAUGUCGUGAUGCGAACUCAAGACCCGCCCCCUCCUGACCAACAUGUAGAUCCCCGUAUGCCCAAUGGCUUCAGACCAGGGGGUGUGGAAAAGGGGCGGGGUCAUGGAACACAGGGACAUAGCCCCCGUAGGACACCACAGGGUGUACCAAGAGGACCUGGACGUAAGCAUGUGACUGACAAUGGGCAGGGUGGCGCCGGUGGGUAUUCCGAUACGGAGGAGGAUGAGUGGGCGUGAUGUAUAUAGUCAAUUCAAUUCCUUCCACUUUUUUGACUUUUGAACAUUUCAAUCAAAGUAUGUUAACAGUGCUUCUCUUUUGAAUUGCUAACUUGUGUAAUUCUAUAUAUUUGAUUUAUUACAUUGCAAUGUAUGACAGUGCCAUCUAGCUUUGUAGAUGAGGAAAGUUCUGAAUAGCAUUUAAAACUUAGCCCUUUGUUGUUUUUUUAUAAUUUUUUCAAAAAGAUAUUGCAUAGAUAUUCAGAAUAGUUGAUGUGCAAAGUACAGGUAUUGUAGAUAAUGUUAGCUUUUAAUCAAGCUGACAGAUUAUCUUAUUCUAAAUCUGAAACCAGUAUCUUGGUCUUUCUCUUAUGCUUAAUAUGAUCCCAUUGUGAUUAUUUUGUCAUAUACAUGUUUCAUUUGAAAGUGUGUGAUGGGUGUGCCACCAUCCACCCUAUGUGGACUUGAAUACCAUUACCAUUUUUUUACCAUAUACCUUAUACCUAAUAUCCCUAAACUAUAUGUAGACCAUAUUAACCCUAUAUGGCAUAUGGGGUUUCAUGUUGCUGAGCAUGUGUGUCAUAAUGGUCUUUUGAGAAUCAUAUAUGCAUUGAUACUUCAAUCUCCCAUGCAAUAGGGCUUCAGUGCAAUUGAAAACAGUGGCUCAUAGACAUAUAAAAUUUGAAAUAGCUAUUUCGAGCUCACCCUUCUCCAAAAUUACUCGGUAAUUAAUUACACAAGGUACUGUAUAGGACUAUUUAUGCUAUGAAAAUUACACAUUAUAUUGUAUAGGGCUGUUUACCCAUAUUAUAUAUGAAUAUGCCAGGUAAUAUUUUAAACAGCUGCAUUAGCUUUAGAUAGUUAAAAAAAAUAGAUGAAUGAUAUUACAGUAUUCAAUGUUUCUGUAGUAAGAGACAAUUAAAUUGGGCCUGUGGUGGUAUUUCCUUUUGUGCAGAAUGCACAAAUAAAGGAAUAAAUGAUAUAUAUAUUUAUAUCAGCAAUGGUUUUAACUUGUAAGGGCAUUCUGGUAAUAUAUUUUAGUCAAUGUUUCACAUAUUCAUAGAACUAUUGAACAAUAACAUUGCACUUUGAACAAAUUAAUAUCUUCUUUCUCCUAUCCUCAAACCAAGAAAUAUAUCACUUUCUGUAUACCUUUCCCAUCUUAAUUACAAUUAAUUACUCAAAUAACGAUUUUUUUUUGUAAUGAUUAUUAUUUUUCUGUGAUAUAAUGAAUGUAAGCAUUUAAGUGCCAUUAGUUUGCUGUUUGUAUGUCUUUUUAUUAUUUUGCCAUGUGAAGCCCCGUUCACAUAUGAUGUGAGAAAGCUGGUCAACAUAUGUGAAUGAGCCUUUACUAGCCACAAGCAGGGUGUUCUACCAAGGAGCGAUAUUCUUGUUUUAACACAAUUAUAUUUCUUCCUUGCUUUUCAUGUACAGUGAGAAGAUAAAAAAGUUGACUUUCUUUGUAGAACAAUAUUCAUGUAUAUGAUGUAGUGCUUUAAGAAUGUGAUGUUGUUUUAUCAAUCUAUUGUACAGAUAUAUUUAUCAUGCCUAUCUUACAGUAUCAUGUUAUAACAUGAUCGUUGUGAAUAUAUUAUAUAUAAAUAUAUAUAUAAUAUACAUAUACUUAUAUACAUGAAUUAUUGCCAUAGCAAUUUUAUAAAAUAUCUGAACUUCUGUGUACUUUUUAUUCCAUGUUAUGAUAUUGUUGCACAGUUGGAGACAAAAAAUGAUGGAGCUUUUUCAGGAUGUAUUAUACAUAGCAUCGUAACGCGCUCGGCACAUUCCAUACUAAACUAUCAAAAAUGUGCAAUCAUUAUUGUAGGAUUAAUUAUUUGAAUUUACAAGUAUAACCAGAUAGUAGCAUCCCAUAAACUGCAUGCUAGCAAAGUAAUGGCUGAAAACAGACUAGAAUAUGAAAUAUACAUCCAUAGCUUGGGUAGUGUGAACCGGUCUGAACUGGUUCAUUGCAGUUACAUCCAGCUUAAACUGCCUCUUGGAGUAGUUUUCAACUGGGCCUGCAUAGUUGGAGACUGCUGCCACCCUAUGAAAAUACUUGUCAUGUAUACGUAGUUUAGAAUGUAACCAUGAAGUAGCGGUCUAGUAACAAACUCUAACCAGUUUCAUAUUGGUUAUGACGUGAAGUCGGUUUUGCAACAAUAUAUUAUUUUUGUUUGUCUCACUUUGCUCAGCGGUUUGAUGUCUGGUUACUCUAACGUUACGCCAUGUCAUGAAAGACGUGGCACAUUAUGAACAAUACUCAUAAACUCCCAUAAUCACAGCAAGUGAACUAUUCAGUGAUCGAGUGAAGAAAUGUUUACUCUUAUACGUAAUUAACAAGAGGAUCGUGUAGUUUAUUACUCAUGUAUAUAUUGAACCAUGUAUAGGUGUGUGCAAUUUUCAGUCUUUAACUUCAUAGCGAUCGAGAAAAAGAGAAGAGACGAUAGGUUCGUAGAUUUUUGGAUAUUUUCAAUUCUCGGUUUAUCUGAAUGAUUUAAGUGCCUACAUAAUUGUAGAGCUUUAUAUAUUUUAUGUGACCGGUAGGAUGAAGAGGGGGUCUCUGGGGGUACGCCUCUCCCCCCUUUACCACCGGUCAUGGGUGCUUCAUUAUUUGCCAUGGCAGGUGUUUUUCAAGCCAAUUUUGAGUAUCAAAUGGAGUAGACAUUCUGUUCCUUGCUAGGGAUUAUAAUCUUGCUUUAAUUGCAGUUUUUCCUCCCCUUUUCCUAAUGUUCUUAAGUUUCAACUAAUGUAACACAGUGACAUGUUAUUAUAAUUAUUUAUGAAAUAUUUCAAAGGAAUAAUCUAAAGACACAGGAAUGUGUUUUUGUUUACCAGAUCCGGGCCUCUGAAAACCCUACUACUUGUGCACCUCGUCCUGUAUGGACUAUCAUGUGAUUUUUUUUUGGGUUCCGUAACACAAAGGAUAGCGAUUGAUCGUACACCUGAUUUUCACAAUUAAUUGUACAUUGUGGUCAAUGCAAUCAAUCGUAAUAAUAUACUUCUACGAUGAUUGCUAAGCUUUGUGUAACAGGCCCAUGUCAUUCAGGUCAAUUUACUCUCAGUGUGUAUGCUUCUUUUGUACAAUGUCACCAUCUGUAAAAAUAAUCAUAUAAAGUAAUAAUCUAUAAGAUAUUACCAUGAAAUUAUGUAUCAUUGUCAUAUUCAUAACCUUCAGGUUUUUAAUUCUAUAACUAUAGCUGAGUGCUCUGGGUCGACAAAUCAAAAUCAAAACUUGGAUUCUUUUUUCUAGAACAAACAUAACAAAAUUGAUGGUCUUGGUAUAUGACUUUGAAAAGCAAAGUGAAGUAAAAAUAUGUACAUAAUGUCUAUUAGGUAAUAUAAUGUAUUCUUCCAUCAUAAUUAUGGUAAUAUCUACUAAAUGCAUGGGCAUAUUGUUACCCAAAAUAUUGAUUUGAAUGUUACUGUACUCACAUGAAAUACUUUUUAUAUAAUCUGAAUGAUAUUAGUGAGAAAGCAUUAUAGAAUUGAGUCUAUGUAUGUCAAGUUAUCUUGUUUCAACGUAUUGGGAGUAUUGAUAUUCCUCUUCUGUGCCGUCAAUACACAUCACACGCACGAAAGCAUGGUAACGUUUUUUGGUCUGGAAUGGACAUAGUCAAGACCGUAUGAGCUAUUUCAAGAUAGGCUACCAGUCUUGAUGACAUCAUUCCAAACUUACUGUAUAAUACUGACGAUCUACAUACCAUCAUUCCUAUAUAAACUUAUUGUGUACCUAGCACUUUCUGUUUCCCAAGCAAGUCUGUAGAAUUCUUGUGAAAUCAUGCUACAAUGUAUACUCAGAUGCUACCCUUUGGGGUAAUCAAAAUCACCUCCUCACCCUCAGUGUACUCCCCCCCCCCCCUUACGUUUUGCUUCGGCACAUUUUCUACACCUAUAGCAGAUUCAUGUCUCAACUACUGUUAACAUUUUUUUUUGUUGGUUUACAAAGAAAUCAUCAAGUCUAACUAUGCAAAAUAUUAUUAUGUUCUGCUGCUUUUAUUGUAAACAAAUUAGAAGGUCGAUAAGAAGGUGUUUUCUUCUCUUUUUUGGUAGUCAGCGUAGUUACAAUUUUUACUUUGCUUGAGUAGAUAGGAUUUUUACAUUUAAUUUACUUUUGGUUGUUUUUUUUGGUAGUGAAAUCAACACCCUAUAUGCCCAUCAGGCACAUGUAAAACAAGUUAAUCUAGUCAACUAUUAGGAAACACUCCUGUAAAUCACUUAACCUAUCGCAUAGCGUAUACUACCAUGACACGUGUCAACGCUUCUUCUUACACUCUGUUAGCUUUUUUUCAAUACACUCAGCAAGUGGGUAUUCCGACGCCUGGGGAUGCUCUCUCUCGGGCCAGUGGUUUGGCCGGAGGAUGCGGAGGUGGAAAACAUCCAGUGGUUGCCAUGGCAACGGAAGAUGCAUUGUCAAGGGAAAUUUUGUACAUAGUCGCAGGGCAGGCGGCAUUCGUCCGAUGUCCUGGGUAGCUAUUGGAUGGGAGAGAUCUCCCUCCCGAUGCCAAGCCCCUGUUUCCGACAUUGACCGAGCGUGAGAUCACAUGCAAUCAGGGAACUGCAUUGGACAUAUCCUCAUUGAUAUGAUGGAUGUACUAUGGUCUUUUAUAAGUGGGUUUGGGGAAACUUUGGGCAUCAGUGAGUGGUGGAUGUGAGUGUAACAUUCAGGUAUAAAACCUGAUAAAAAUUAAGAUUUUCACAUUGAUAGAGGGGGAGGGAAAUUACAAAAACUUGUAGUUAAGCUAGGCAUGGAUCUUCAGUAAUAUCCUACUAUUUAUGUUCCACAGAAAAUAAAAGUGAGUCAAUUUGCCCAUAGAGUGAAACGUUUUUGCUCAAAAUGUGUCAAGUGCUUCAUUGUAUGGACAAGUGACUCACUAGCUCUAGUGAGCUAGAAGUAUGGGCCCAAAAGAUUAGAUGUAAAUUUUUGGAAACUCUUAAUCUGAGGAGGGGUAUGUAGGGAGCUACUGCUGUGCAGAAUGAUUUAUUCAUUAUGCUGAAAUAGUAGCCAAUGGCCCGUAUUCUGAAGUUGGGUUUAACUUAAACUCAGGUUUAAAGUUGUGGUUUAAGUUUGGAUAGCCAAUUGUUACCUAAAUCACUAACAGUAGAGAUAUCAUAAUUCAGCUCAUUUGGCUCUCAAAUCAUUCAUAAUUGUCUAGGAAGUAUAAAUAGAUGAUUGUCCUCACCAUCGAUGAAUCAGGAUAGAGCCCAGUAAAUAUAAGAAAGAUUAGAAACAUAAAACUUAAUAAAAAAAUGUGACUCUUUUGGCUUCCCAUAAUUUUAGCACAGAGUUAGACCAUGGUCUAAGUUAAACCUGACUUCAGAAUACGGGCCAAUAUGUUUAACUUAAAAUUAAAUUAAAACCAACAUGAGGUUUUCAUUGAUCAGUUAAUACCACACCACCACAAGAAGACGAGGCGAUAUUAAAAUGACGUAUCACAGUUUUACCCCUUCCUCCAUGCAAUAUAAAUCUUUGUUGACAUUAAAUUAAAUAUGGAGAUGGUCAUUUUACAGAUGAUCGGGAUGUUUGUUUAUAAUUGCAUCAAGUAGUGAUUAUGAAUCAAAAGGACAAAAAAAGAGGACCUACAGUUUUACAGAAUGCCCAAGGGACAGCAAAAUGUGUGCUUGGUCAGAGAUCUCAGUGUUAUUUGUAUUUUUUAAAUAUAUUUUCAGUCAUUUAUCUUAUAUUGACUAUUAGUAGAAAUGUAUGAGAUUUAGCUGAGGGUUUUUUAUAUUUAUUUUUUGUAGCCUUUGAUCCCCCAGAUGUAUGAAUUCACUGAUUGUAAUUAUUCUUUCUUUUCUUUCUUUACCGCUUUCAUUAUCGAGAACGUCUGCAGAAUUUUUGUUCUUACUCAGUUUGCGAUCAAAUUAUUUGAUUUGUUGAGUGAAAUAAAUAAUAUGCCAAUUUGCACAAUUAUGAAAUAUA